UUUCGGGACAGGACUUGCCGGGCGGGCCCUUCCUUGCACUGCGCACCGUCAGGAGCGGAGCGAAAAAGUGCUGGCAGGGAGGAGGUGGCGGUGGCACGAGAUUCACCCCCAGAGGUUGGAGGACUAAAGCUCCGACGUGCGAGUGCGGGGAGUCAGGGAGCUGGGCUUGGGUGGGGCUCCCCAUCCGGGCUGCCCACUGGGGAGGCUUCCCGCUUGGAAGUCUGGGUGCGGGUCUCUCUCCGCCUGCUGCUCGAUGAUCCCCCUGCUGCUGACACGUCAGUAAGGAAACGAGCCAGGGCAGGGAGAGUACAGAAAGGACGCGAGGAAAGGAGACGGGGGGAGGGUUUGUUAUCUCUCGGCGGGGAAGCGCGAUGUUGGGCUGGGCAAGAGGAGGUACGACCGGGAGGGAGGGAGGGAGCCGUUAAACGUAGAGCAGCUCUCUGCAUGUUGCAAACGGGGCCAUUGAGCAAGAAGGCACUCGUUGCUGGUUGGAGAAUCAAGUGGCCCCGGACUUUUGGCGUUGCAGUCCUGCGCGCGCUUUUGUGGGAGUCUCUUUGAACUCAGCUGGGUUUCCUUCUGUGUGGACUUGCCCAGGAUCGUGGUGCUGUUGGUGUCAAAGCCACCGGAGUCGGAGGCUGCUUUAAAUCCGAAACCUUGCUUGCUUCUCUGAGCUGUAACUGAGGUGUUGAGCGAACGUCUUUUUCUCUCUCGCCUAAACAAUCCAUCUCAAAUAAGGUCUGUCCUGCAGCCAGAAUUGAUCUUUACAAAGCUGUGGUUUGCAAGCUCUUCAUCUCCAGUGUUACCUAUUGCUGGAUUUGUAACUUGCUCCCAAGAGACUAAAAGCCUUGAAUUACAUUACAUUCCUGGACUAGGAAAAGCCUGUUACUUAAUGCUAAUUCCUGGAAUUCAUGCCCAAGAGUCGUUCAGGUACAACAUGUACUUGUUCUUCUUUAAUCUUCUCAGAGUUGGAGGCACUUUAUUCUUUUGACUUUUGAGUCCUUUGCUGAGUUUAGCAACUCGUUGGAAACAAAGGCAAUAAGCUGCCUGAGCAGGGUCCACAUUGACAUUUGGUGUGUACAGAUUCAAUUUAAUGACAUUAUUCUCACUGUCAAAUCCCUAGUGAUGGGACCACUAUGGCAAGAGCUCGGAAAAAUCCCAACCCCAACAAGGUCAAAACCUACAUUCUUGUUAUGGUCAAAGAAGUGUAUCAAGACAAAUAGGCAGGAAGUUCUCCUGCUUGUCUGAGGAUUGGACAUGAUACCCACACAAAUCAAUAUUUGGAGAGAGAGGUCAUAUCAUUGUACCUCUCUGCUAGUUCAUUUAUGUAUUGAUUUCUCACCUGUACUCCAAGGAGCUCAAGGUGGUGGCAUACAUGGUUUUUCCCCUUCUCAUUUUAUUCUCACCACAACUUUGUGUGGUAGGUUAGGCUGAGAGACAGUGACUGGCCCAAGGUCAUGGCUGAAUAGGAAUCUGAACCCUAGAGUUAAUUAUUAAUAAGGACUGUAAGAAGGGGAAGUGAGGAAGUUUGAAGAAAUAAGAUGUGAUAAUAUUGUCAUUUUUGUUUUUUGUACUUUUGUAUUUCUUUUUUAAAUUUUUCUUUUUUUCUUUUUUUCUCUUUAUGUAAAAUUCAAGAAAAAAAUUAUUCAAGAAAAAAAAGGAAUCUGAACCCUAGUCUCCCAAGUUCUAGUCCAACAUUCAAACCAGUAUACCACAUGGGCUCUCUGUACUAACUAUUUCUCUAAUUAUAUGUUGCUGCAAUGUCCACUUUUGGGGGGGGGGCGGGAAUAGUUAGCAUACUUCUCUGAUAAUUCAGCCUCCUGCUCUGUGUAUGAACUCCAUUUCAUUUCUUGAUGAAAACAUUAAUAUGCAUGGUAUAUUUGCAUUUUAAAAUACUAUGUGUAAUAAAACCUUGGCUGAAUUCAUAAGCUCUGACUGUUAAUUGAAAGAAGGAUGUUCUUAAGCAGAAAAGAUAGCUAGAAACAACAGCUCAAGCCAGGAUGCUAGGUGGUUUACAAUACUUUAUACAUCUGUUCUUAUUUCCUGUUUUCAGAGCUAGUAGCAACUAUUAAUGGAUUUCCAUCUUUUCCAGAUUAUCUCAUGAAUUGAGCUUGAUUACUUUGUUUUGUUCUCCAUAUUCCACAAGAAACUCUGUAAUCUUUAGAAUGGCCUAUCUUAUCUCUAAAUAACUGAGAGUUAUCCUCGUGAGUGGGAACCUUGGUCUUAAAUACUUCAUAAAGGGAACAAAAGUCAGGUGAUUGUUGUUGACCAUUUUCAUACGUGUUAAAGGUGCUAUUUACAUUAUUGUUUGUCCUAACAACCAGCUUUGGGUGUAGGUUGCAGUUUUCCUUUCAUAGAUUAGAAACUGUGGCUGAGAGCUGGUGAGUAGCUUGUUGUACGGCGAGCCGCUGAGCCCCCCGCCCCCAUUCCUUAGCUAAUGAAACAAACACCAGUGUUUUUGGUUAAUGGGAUAAAUUAGGCCACAACUUUGUUGGUUACAGAUGCGAGCGGUUUUGGCUUAGGCAUUGGAACUGAACCGACUAUAUCUCUUUCCUGCCCGUCACACAGGUAGUCUCAUAGGGGUCAGCCACUGGUAGGGGGAGCCCUAUUGAUGUACAUAAAUUGUGAGCCCCGCCCCCCAGGGUCCCCGAUGGGGUUGUAGCAUGGCUCAAGUCUAGCCCAUAUCCGGGCUUCGGGCAGGAACCACACCCCCACAUCCCUUUAACAGAAUACCCUUAAAGAGGAGGGGCAACUGAAGGCCACAACCUCACCUCCCACACACCAUGUUUACCAAUGCCUAACUGCCAAUCUUACAAAGUUGUAACAAUUGCUACAAGGCAGGCGAAAACCACAUGGCUGGUGCCAAUUUGCCAAGUGGGAAAAUUCCUAUCUGGCCCCUACAAACAGGCGACCAACCGUAGUCCAUAGCAAGGCCAAGAUGGAGAGCGCAUAAAAUUAGGGCGAGUGCGGGGGGGGGGGAGAGAUCUGGCGCAGGAGACAAGAGAAACCGAACCCAGCUGUGUGGAGGUUUAAUUCCAGGUGAGUCACACCCCCAGGUCGAUCUGAUUGGUCGGCCAUGGAGUGUAACGCAGCCAGGAAUCCUGAUGACACCAUGCCCCCUGCUGCUCCCGGGGAGGGCUCAUAGCCCGCCAGCAACUCCUCUGCCAGCAACUCCUUGCCACCUAUGGAUGCCAGUUCUGCCACCUAUGGAUGCCUGUUCGGAAGACAGGUCUUAAAAGUCCAACAUCCUCUGUCCAGAAUUCCAUACUGGUUCUCGUGGCUGUUUUCAGAUUUGCUGAAAACAAUUGCUUGCAUUCCCCCCCCCCCCCAAAAAAAAAAAUUGGUUGAGAAGACAAGCAUGUUUGCACAGAAAUGUGGGGCAUUAAUUCACAGUAUGUACAUGAAUGUGGGCCUCUGAGUGUCUGCUUGUCUUAGAAAUACCUAUUAAAGCUAUUCAAAUGGAUUGAAGCAUGUUGUAUUUAAAUGCAAAGUUUUGUUUUAUUUAAGUAAUAUUGUUUAAAGGCUUUUUUAGUUUAAAUGGCUUGCUCUAAAAAUUAACCAAUCUAAAAAUUAACCAAUUAACACACCAGAAUGGCAGUACGUGAGAAUUGGAGCAAAUUUGAGUUAGCUUUGAUGCACAAAAUAAUUCUGACAGAAAAAUAAGACACAAUCUAGCUGUAUUUAUGCAAUUUUCCAUUGUGUGUGUGUUUUAAUACAAGCAACUUAAUUACAUAUUUUAACUCUUAAAUUAGUGAGACUGAUCUACAGUUGAUUGUUUACAUUUGCCUUGAUCAUACUCUCAAUUUUUGAGUAAGCCGGUGUAGAUCAAGAGAAAAUAUUUUUUCGUUGCUCUUGGUAAUGUAUUGCUUUUCUGUCAGUGCCUGCUAAAUCCAAACAAACCUAUUUUAUAACCUUGAAUUUCUCAGAAGCAACAUAAUUCUGAGCACAAAACUAAAUUGGCUCAUCAUAAUCUAUAUUUUAGUAGGAUGUUUAAAACAAGCCUCAUAACUGAAUUUUGAAGUGCUUUGUCACUUCAGCCAACACAAACAUGGGUGUCUCCCUAACAGGAGAAUUACAUCACAGUGGGUUUAUGGAAAAAUGGGAGAGCACAUACAAUUGAAACAUAGACUUCUAUUUUAAGAUGGGAACUAUUGUAGGUGUAUACUAUUUAGACUGGGUAUUAUAUGUUGACAACUUGAAACGGUAUCAGCUUUACUAAUACAAUAACAGUCAUGUUCUCUGUGCCUAACAAGGGGCCAUAAGUGCUUUUUUUUUAAUGCUAGAGAAAGAUUGCAAUAACUACUGUACUAGCUUUUGAAACAGGUUGGUAGCUGUGUUGGUCUGGCGUAGUCGAAACAAUAAAAAAAUUCCUUCCAGUAGCACCUUAGAGACCAACUAAGUUUGUCAUUGGUAUCUGAAGAAGUGUGCAUGCACACGAAAGCUCAUACCAGUGACAAACUUAGUUGGUCUCUAAGGUGCUAUUGGAAUGAAUUUUUUAAUUUUGUUUUUGCUUUUGAAAGAGAGAGGAAGCCAUUGAUACUUUGUUCCAGUUUGCCAUGUUGAAAUCUGGGAUCUUUAGUUCUAGACACAACUUGUCCUAUAACUUCGUCAAUCACUUUCUUAAAUGUUGCAGAUGGGGCUCCUACCAACAUCUGUUUACAUUCCUCAACUUUUUAAGAUAGAGACUGGAGAACAAUUCUGCUAAACUUUGAAAGAACCAUUAUUUUAGUUUGCCCUAAUGUAACAUUAUUUUGUGACUGUGGGACUGUUCCCCCCCCAUGGAACAACACAGUUUCCUGCAUAUUUUUGUUUCUGCAUAUUUUGUUGCUCUAGAUGCCUGCAUAUAAUCAUUUAAAUUUGACCUAGUAUAGCACUGCCUUAAUCUAUUUGGUCAUACAGUACUUCUUUAAAUGCCUUAGUGUACAGAGUAGGCAUGGGUGUACCCAGCAUGGGGCAGGGGGGUGCAGCUGCCCCUCCCUAGAGAAGCAAAAAAAGGGGGGAAGCUCCCACGCAGCAAAAAAAACAGCCGGCAGCGGAGAGCGGAGUUGCAGUGUUCAUCCUCAGUGUGGACCAUUCCCUGGGACAGGGAAGGAUUGCUGGGUCACCUCUGUUGCUUUUUGCAUCGUAAAGUCCCUUUCUAGCCAGCAGCUAAAUCACUCUAAUCCUAGUUUCUUUGUUUCCCUGAUCGCCAUGCAGUCCUGUGUUGGGCUGAACUGCUGCUUAAGAGCUUGAGUCUUGACAGUUUGUAGCCAGCAGCUAAAUUACCCUAAUCCUACCCUACCCUACCCCCUCUUUGUGCAUAGCCUCGGGCCCCUUUUAUCAGAUUUGUUUUGGCAAUUGCUCUUUCACCAUAUGAGAAAGCUGCAUAUUAUUGCGGUACAGGGGGUUGGACUAGAUGACCCCCAGGGUCCCAUCAAAACUUUGAGGUACUAUUCCUGGGUUGACAGGAUAAUAGUGCUGAUAACCCCUAUGAUGCAGGUUCAAUCCCCGUUUGGGCAAGCUGCAUAUUAUUGGUUGGCAGGAUAGUAGUGCUGAUAAAGCCAAAUUUUUGCAGGCCCAAUCCCCAUAUGGGAUAGGUGCAUGUUCUUGCAUUACAGGGGGCGGGACUAGAUGACCACCAGGAGGAGAUGUAGCUUGGGGGUCGCUUAACACCACAAUCUUCAACAUUUUCUGAGGGAAAGAGGGGCACCCUUCCAUACUCUCUUCCGGUGAGAGUACUCCUUAAUUUUCCUACAUCUUUAAAAUAUGUGGUUAUUGAAUUCAGUUUUGUUCCCGGUGAAGAGUUUGUGUAGCACAGUAGUCUGCUUUAACCAGUGCACAUGGUGGAAGGACUGUAUAUGCAUUACUAUACCACACAACUGCCGGUUUGUUUAGUCCAGGUACGUAAAAAGGCCGCACCAAACAAACCUCAACAUUUUCUUCAAACCCAAGAAAAAUGAUAUUAGUAUAAGACAUGUAAUUAGAAUAGAAAUUUAAAAAAAUUCAAGCAAAUAAUUGUAAUAACUACCGUAAUAAAACACUGCUAUAAUUAUAUAUAAUAAAAUUUUGGUUUCAUUCGCCUUUUCCGUGCUGAAAUGUCACAACCUGGAUGACCAUGGCUUGCCCCCCCCCCUAGAUUUGUUCCUGGGUACGCCCAUGAGAGUAGGUCUUAAUAAGCUUCCUACUAUAGUAGCACAAGUUAAACGGAUAAUUCACCCACUUUAGAUUAAUAACAAAACACAUUUUAGGUACUGAAUCACCACUUUUGGAUGGUGAUAGAAAUGUUUUUGUUCUUCAGAAUUACCUUGCUAUUACAAAUAUAUCAGGCUAUUUAAUAAAUAAAUAAAUAGGGGAUAAAUUAAGGAAAAUGGUCAGAGCACCAAAGCAAGAACCUCAAACUGCUGCCUCUAGAUUAGAGUUGCAACAACUCACUGGAAAUAAGAGUCAUUUGCACAUUGUCAAAAUGCAGAGAAGAGGAGCAGAAUUGCACUCCCUGCUUUAAUGUGUUGACAGCACCUUUUGUACACAUGUAGGCAUUGCUCACAAAACAAUCCACAAACUAUGAAGGUAGAGGCAGCUUCCAUGUAUCAUAUAUUCAGAAGUCUAGUGGAAAUGCACUUUCCUCAUAGAAGUAGAGUAGCAUAGUAGCAGAGAAUAAAGUUACAGCUCAGUUGUUUAGUGCAUGGGGCUAAUAACGCCAAGGUGCAGGUUCGAUCCCCAUCCGGGACAGCUGCAUAUUCUUGAAUUGCAGGGGGGUGUAUCCUCUUACCAAUGUAUCCUCUUACCAAUUCCCAUCACAGGUAGGGAUUUAGUUUUGAGUAAACAAGCAUACAUAAACAAACAGAAUGCCUGCCUGCAAGUUUGAGCAAGGAAGUUCCUAUAUUAAAUCUCAUCUUAGCCACAGACUAACCACGAGACUUUAGGCAAACCUUUAUUUCUGUGACCCUAGCUGUAAUAUAAUAAUAAUACUAACCUAUGUUAUAUUCCUCUUGUAAGGAUUAAUAAGAAAAUGCAUGAAAAGCUCUAUGAAUAUAUCAUAUAUGUUACAUAAAUAAGUUACAGUAGUAUUUCAUUAUUUACCAACCAUGUUUUGGUGAUGGUGGUAUUUUGGAGUUAAUAGUACCUAACACAACUGGUGCAUAGUGUGCAUAUGAGUAGGGGAGGAGACAUUUCUUGUGUCUGCAUAUACAGCCACCAAGCCUUACUAUAGCCACGCUGCUAUUAUUAUUAACACUUGACUCCCCUCCAGUUCCCACGACAUCUCACUUGUAUCAUCUUCACUUUAUAGAAACAUGGAAAGAUAACCUUUAUUUAGAAAAUCUUUAAAAUUCAGUUUGCAGCCAUGAUUCAAACCAGUCACCUGCUGAACUUUUUGUUUCGUUUUAUUUAAGGUUUGCAUGAUGGAAUUUAAAUUUACACAAGAGAGGCUGCAUGUUUUAGAUCAAUACUGCUGACAUUUUCUACAUUUUGCUACACCUGGUGUGGUGAUCUUGAAUUUUUGCCCAAAGACAACAUAUAAUGGAUGUCAAGGAAAGCUGCCCAAGUGUUAGCAUCCACAGCUCUGAUGAACACAGAGUGAAGAAAAAAAGAUUUACUGUUUACAAAGUUUUGGUCUCAGUUGGCAAUAAUGAAUGGUUCGUCUUCAGGCGAUACGCUGAGUUUGAUAAACUGUAUAAUACACUGAAGAAACAAUUUCCCACUAUGAACUUGAAGAUUCCUGCUAAAAGAAUUUUUGGAGACAAUUUUGAUCCAGAUUUCAUUAAGCAGAGAAGAGCAGGGUUGAAUGAAUUCAUUCAAAAUUUAGUACGACAGCCAGAACUUUGCAAUCACCCAGAUGUCCAAGCAUUUCUUCAGAUGAACAAUCCAAAGCACCAGUAUGAUCCAUCUGAAGAUGAAGAUGAAAGGAACAGUCAAAAGCUAAACUCUACCUCACAGAAUAUCAACCUUGGGCCAUCUGGAAAUCCUCAUGCUAAACCAACAGACUUUGACUUCCUAAGAGUUAUUGGGAAGGGCAGCUUUGGCAAGGUUCUUCUUGCAAAACGAAAACUGGAUGGGAAGUUCUAUGCCGUUAAAGUGCUGCAGAAAAAGAUUAUUCUCAACAGGAAAGAGCAAAAACAUAUUAUGGCUGAACGUAAUGUGCUGUUGAAAAAUGUGAAGCAUCCAUUUUUAGUUGGAUUGCAAUAUUCAUUCCAAACUACAGAGAAGCUUUACUUUGUUCUGGAUUUUGUUAAUGGAGGGGAGCUCUUCUUUCAUCUGCAAAAAGAGCGUUCCUUUCCUGAACACAGAGCCAGGUUUUAUGCUGCUGAAAUAGCCAGUGCAUUGGGUUACCUACACUCCAUAAACAUUGUAUACAGGGAUUUGAAGCCAGAGAAUAUCCUUCUAGAUUCACUGGGCCAUGUUGUAUUAACAGAUUUUGGGCUUUGUAAAGAAGGAAUUGCUACUUCAGACACUACAGCAACAUUUUGUGGGACACCAGAGUACCUGGCCCCAGAGGUGAUCAGAAAGCAACCCUAUGACAACACAGUAGACUGGUGGUGCCUUGGUGCUGUUUUGUAUGAAAUGCUAUAUGGUCUGCCGCCCUUUUACUGCCGUGAUGUUGCUGAGAUGUAUGAAAAUAUUCUCCACAAACCCCUACAUUUAAGGCCAGGCAUCAGUCUUACGGCUUGGUCUAUCCUGGAAGAACUUUUGGAGAAGGAGAGACAAAACAGACUUGGAGCUAGAGAAGAUUUUUCUGGUCCAGAUGACAUCAGAAACUUUGACACAGCAUUUACAGAAGAAAUGGUACCCUGUUCAGUUUGCAUUUCUUCUGACUAUAAUAUUGUGAAUGCCAGUGUGCUGGAAGCAGAUGAUGCAUUCGUUGGAUUUUCUUAUGCACCACCUUCUGAAGACUCAUUUCACUAAGAUUUCUGGAUGCUAAGAAAUACUUGCAAGUCAUCUUUAGAUGGAUGGAACGUUUUGAUUGUGAAUGGAUUCAAAAAUAUGUGCAACUAGUGCCUCAUUUGAAAUGUUGAACAAACUUUUUCUGCUGUAAUAUGAGGAACCUGGGCAUUUUGGAUUACUUCCUUACGACUGUUACAACUGUUAAACCUGCUGUAGAAAAAUACUUUUUGAACCAAUACCUUUAGUUAGCUGUUCUUAACUUUUACGCUCUGUAAGAAAGGACACUGACUGUUUCCCCCCAAGUUUACAUUGAUAGCUCCAAAUUGUCUGUCUUUAAAAGCAGCACCCUUUCGCAUUUAAAGGCCUUUGCAAGCUAUCUAGUGACUUUGUGCUUGAAAUGUUACUAUGCAAAUAUUUUUGUAUAGCACUGUUUUUUAAAGAAUAUAAGCGUACUCUGCAGAAUUUGUUUGCUUGUUCUUUAGGCCAAGGUGAUUUAUUGGUAUCACUUCUUCUUAACUCCAAGCAAGGAUCUGUACAAUAUUGCCCACCUUAAGGCCAAACUGUGCCACCUUUAGUUAUACUGGGCCCAGAAUUGCAACCAUUACCACUUUACUCAAAUUAUUCGAUUCAUUCCAUUAGUAAAACCUAGAAAUGUGCUCUCUAGGUUAAAUAAAGGUGGAACAAAUUAGCCUUAAGUAUCUUUUUAUAACAAUGCUUCUCAUAAUGACUAUAACUUUUUUCCUCUUCUUGUAGAAGAUAAAUGGCUUUUUCCAAAGAAAUAUAUGAGGGGAAAAAAUGACUGCAUUUGUAGAAGGGAAAUUUAGUUCUUGUGUUUAGAAAACUAAUAUAUUUCAAUUUGAUUGUAUUAAAAUUCAUACUUUCAUGAGAUCUAUAUUUUGA